AUGCCAAUGACGGCCCCUUCUCUGCUCGACUACACGAGACUGGGCCUUGCCACAGCGGCACAGCCCGUUGUCGUGCUUUGGAGACUUGCUUCGUCUCCGUUCACCUCUUAUGAAAAGAAGAAGCCCUGGAGGCGCGUGGUUUACGACGCCAGUUUCCGCUGGAUCGUAUAUACGCAGCGCAUGGACCUCCUGGGCUACAUAAUGGGACCUUCAGUGACGACUUAUGAGAAGUACAUGAAGAAGCAUUUGUUGGAGGCGCGCGUACAAGACGUCGAGGACGCGAAGCUGCUUUGGGUCGGGGAGAGGGACCCGGAACGUGUCAUCUUAUAUCUCCAUGGUGGGGGCUUCCUUUUCCCCCUGGCAGACUACAGCCUCGAUUUCUGGGGAUAUGUGCGGAAGGAGCUCACGCGAACGGGUUGCAAAGGUGUUGCGAUUGCAGUGUUGGAUUACACUCUUGUGACCAGUGCGGGGUAUCCGACUCAACUUCGCCAGUCAAUUGCUGCCGUGAAACAACUCCUCGCGGAUGGCAUCAAACCUGAGAACAUCGUCUUAACCGGAGACUCCGCCGGAGGCAACCUCGUCAUUCAGCUCCUCCUACACCAACUCCAUCCCGUUGAAGGACUCCAAGAGCUACCCCCCGACAUCAAGUUCGGAGGAGCCUACAUGAUGUCACCAUGGACGGACUUGCUUCCCCGUGGCGGUGUCGCCUCAUACAAGGAGAAUCCCAAAUGGGACAUUGUGGCGGCGCCCAAGCUGGCCUAUUUUGGGAGGGCCUAUUUAGACCGCGUCCGGGAAGAAAAAGACCUGAAAUACAUCGACGCGCACUACGCUCCAGACAGGUGGUACGAUGGCGUAGGAAACAUAGUCGACAAGGUCCUCAUCACCGCCGGCGGCGCAGAAAGCCUUCGUGACGAUAUCGUCCGGUUCGCGGAUCGUUUCGGGAAAGCCCACGGGAACACCAAGAUAGUCAUCGACAAAUUCGGGGUUCAUGACGAUCCUUUCCUUGAUUUCUACGCAGGGGAGACGAAGCAGCUCAGUGAAUUAACCCCAAUCAUUCUCGAAUGGAUCAAGGAGGCAUUUGAAAUAGCGUAG